AUGGGAAAUAAUUGUACCUGUUGGAAACAUGACCCAAUAAAUUAAAUUGAGGUUAGGGGGAUUUAAAAACCAAGAUGGCAGAGUUUGGAACUGUUAAAGAGUUAGGAACGAAAGAUCAUAAGGAUGUAGUCCUGGAUCCGUGGCUGGUAAGCUCGUUAAAGGGUUUGGAAAAUGCAAUUACAAAAAUACAACGAUAGUGUUAAUGAAUAGUUAAGAACGUAGCCUCUGUUUUUUAGGUAGGUAUUCCACAAGUGUGAUUAAUGUGGGUUAGAGGCAGCUACCUCCAUUUGAAUUUGGAAUUGACGAUAUAAAUGAUUAACUAGUUCAUUAGAAAGUUCUGAAGGCACCGAGCAAGUUGGAAAAUGGGGCAAUGUAUUUUGGGGAAUGGAUAAAUGAUCUAAGACAUGGCAAAGGCAUUCUGAUAUGCGAGGUACAUUAAGCAAAAUAUAUUCAAAGGAUGGAUCAAAAUAUGAGGGUUACUUUUAUUAGGGCAAUGCACAUGGAAGAGGGAGAUUGAUACAUUCAAAUGGAGAGGUAUACGAAGGGUAAUGGGAGAACGACGAAGCACAUGGAUUGGGCACAUACAUUCAUGAAGAUGGAGCCACUUAUACUGGUUAAUGGGAACACGAUUUGCAGCAUGGCAAAGGAAGUGAAAAAUGGCCAGAUGGAAGGUAUGAUGAUAUGUAUAAAGUAGUUAUUUUGAAGGGUUCUAUAAGCAUGGGAAGAAGGAAGGCUUGGGCAAAUUUGUGUGGAUUGACGGAGCUAUCUACGAGGGGGAGUUUAGAGGUAAUAAUAUAGAUGGAUAUGGGAAAUACACUUGGCCAGAUAGCAAAUAUUAUCAAGGGUAUUGGAAAAACAAUAAGAAGUACAUGAUAGAAAUAUUAGAGUAGAAAUGGGAAGGGAAAGUAUGUAUGGCCAGAUGGAAAAGUAUAUGAAGGAGAUUUUGUGAAUGAUCAAAAGCAGGGAUAGGGCAUUUUGAAGUUUCCAGAUGGCAGAGUAUAUGAAGGAGAGUGGUAGAAUGACAAACAACAUGGGAAGGCCUAACUAAGAUUACCAAACGGUAAGAUAUCGAAUGGAGAAUGGAAAAAUGGAAUUCGUAUCAAUUGA